AUGGCACCAUUCGAGGUUUUAUAUGGUAGGAGGUGUCGUUCUCCUACCGGGUGGUUUGGUGUUUUUGAGGUUCGACCUUGGGGUACAAAUUUGUUGAGGGAGUCUUUGGAUAAGGUAAAGCUUAUUCAAGAAAAGCUUAUAGCAGCUCGGAGUCAGCAAAAGAUGUAUGUGAACCGGAAGGUUCGAGAUCUAAAGUUUAUGGAGGGUGAGCAGUUUCUUCUAAAGAUUUCACCCAUGAAGGGUGUUAUGCGAUUUGGGAAGAGCGGCAAUUUGAGCCCGAGGUACAUUUGUCCAUUUGAGAUUCUCCGUCAUAUUAGUGAUGCUGUUUAUGAGUUAGCCUUGCCACCAGGCUUGUCAGGUGUUCAUCCGGUAUUUUAUGUUUCUAUGCUGAAGACUUACUAUUUAGAUGGGUCUUAUAUCAUUCGUUGGGAUUCUGUGUUGCUUGAUGAGAAUCUGUCAUACGAGAAGGAGCCUAUAGCGAUCUUAGAUAGGCAGGUUAGAAAGUUGAGGUCCAAAGAGAUAGCUUUUAUUAAGAAGAAAUGGAAGCAUCGUCCUAUUGAGGAGGCCAUAUGUGAGACAGAGUCCGAUAUGCAUUCCAGAUAUCCCCAGUUGUUUGCUGACUAA